UUCUAAGGCAGUGACGAUGGAGCGUUUUAUGCAAAUUGCGUGUGGCAAGAAACUCGAGGCUAGAAAGGACAUUCAAAACACGGCUGUCCAACCUAACCGUGGCCAGGGGCUCUCCAUUAAUGACAUAGGCGGUACACCUGCGUUUGCUGCCCUGACGUCACCACUCCCAAAACUAGAAAUUGGCCUCGUGACUCAGAGAAAAGUCACAGGUGUUCCGAAAAUUAGCACUCGUUAGUGUCAAAAGUAGGCAAAUGUUCCAUUAGUCGCCGUCGUGAUGUGUUGAAUUUCUGUUAAUUAUGCCACUUUUCUGCGUUCUUCGCCUCGUAACAGGAAGUCAUGUUUUAGCAGGUAAAGUUGAGCUAGCUAGCAUUCACUACGCCAACGUUAACCGCCGUCCUUUUCCUCGCUGUGUGGCAGUGAGAUAAGGUCGGAAAUAAACCGAGGGAAGAGUUAAAAUUGGGAUAAUUCGACUUAAAUCUGAUACGAUAAACUAUAAUGUAUAUACAUUGUGUAUUCUGCUAAGUAGGCUAUGAGCAUGCUCAUGAAACAAAUCAGGGGAGUAGUAGGCUAACGUCGCUGUAACGCGUUACAGUAACCGUCAUCAGCCAGCCUGCCUCUAUCUCUCCGCCUGUCGCUUUGUCUCCGCAUCCAUGUGGGGUUUUCCCUUCGCAGUGUCGGUGUCGCACCUCUCCGGUCUGCCAGCCUCUCAGCCAUUGGCCUCAGAGACCAGUCCUCCCUUCACAACAAUAGACCCUCACACGCACAACAACUCACGCGCUGACACAAACGCGCACAUAGCUUUCGAGGAGCCACGGUGAGAUGUUUGUUAAACUGCGGUUUACCGAUUCCUUUUUUUCCAGCUCCACAUCGGCGAGAAGCGCAGGGAAGCCUCUGCGAUGCGCUCAACCGGGGACGCAUCGGAGUUGAAAUAAGGGGAAACACGGGGGGAAAGAGAGAAAGGGGAGCUUUUCUUAUGAGGAUGACUGACUGGUGACAAAGAAACGGGGAGCCCCUCUGGCUUCGGUUGUCACCCGCUAGAACUUGGAGGAAGGCGUUUUGGGUGACCGGCUUGCUUGUACGUGGACCGCCAAAGCUUUUUUUGGUCAUCGUUAUUUUUGGAGGGGAACCAUGCCUGUCCGGAGGGGUCAUGUUGCGCCACAAAACACAUUUUUGGGAGUAAUUAUUCGGAAAUUCGAAGGACAGAAUAAGAAAUUCGUCAUAGCCAAUGCCCGGGUACAGAACUGCGCUAUUAUCUACUGUAAUGACGGCUUCUGCGAGAUGACGGGCUUCUCCAGGCCAGACGUCAUGCAGAAGCCGUGCACUUGUGACUUCCUGCAUGGCCAGUUCACCACCAGGCACUCGGUGGCUCAGGUGGCCCAGGCGCUGCUGGGCUCAGAGGAGCGCAAGGUGGAGAUCACCUACCACCGCAAGGAUGGUUCAAACUUCCUGUGUGUCACCCAUAUCAUCCCUGUGAAGAAUGAGGAGGGCGUGGUCAUGAUGUUCAUCCUUAACUUUGAUUACGUCCUGGAUGAAGGCAGCAGUGACUCACUGGAGAGACUCAACCACACCACGCCGUCCAAAACUGACCACCGGAAAGGGAGAUUCUUUCGCUUCCGUUUCCCGGCCUUGCCUCACUUGGGCAUCAGCAAGCAGUCCCUGCCCCAGGAAGACCCCGAUGCCGUCAUGGUGGACUCCCCUCGCCACAGCGAUGGCUCAGUGGCCACGCGUGACUACCAACUCCCCACCACCCGCGAGAGUUGCAGUCCCUCCUACGCCAAUGACACCCGCGCCCUCAUCGACCCCAGUCAUUGCUCCACGCCUGUGUCUGGGCCUUUGGACCACUCGUCGCCCAAGGGCCCUUGGGAUCGGACAUACCCGGACCAGUCCAUCCCCCAGACCCAACUACAGAGCAAUGAGGGUACUAUCAUUGCAGCUCCGUCAAUCCCGGGCCUCACUCCAACCGCCUCCAGAGAGAGUGUGUGCAGCAUUCGCAGAGCCUCCUCCUUACAUGACAUGGAAGGUUUUGGGUCCAACUCCAAGAUGGCGUUCAGGGACAGACACGCCAGUGAAGACAAUGGUCGCAAUAUGAAAGUAUCUCGCUCCUGGAUGGCUGGGGGGCCACUCAGCCAGAUCAAAUCCAGCCUGCUCGGCUCCACCUCGGACUCCAACCUCAACAAGUACAGCACCAUCAACAAGAUUCCCCUCAUCACGCUCAACUUCUCUGAGGCCAACAAUGAGAAGAAGUGUCCUUCCCCUCCAUUGUCUGAGAAAACCAUCAUCGCCCCAAAGGUCAAAGACCGUACACACAAUGUAACUGACAAGGUGACGCAGGUUCUUUCUCUGGGUGCAGACGUGUUGCCUGAGUACAAGCUUCAAACCCCGCGCAUGGACAAGUGGACCAUCCUUCACUACAGUCCCUUCAAAGCAGUGUGGGACUGGCUGAUUCUGCUGUUGGUCAUCUACACUGCCAUUUUCACGCCCUACUCUGCUGCCUUCCUCCUCAACGACAUCGAGGAGCAGAGGAGGCGGGAGUGUGGCUACUCCUGCUCACCCCUCAAUGUGGUGGAUCUGAUGGUGGACAUCAUGUUCAUCGUGGACAUCCUUAUAAACUUCAGGACCACAUACGUCAACGCCAACGAGGAAGUGGUCAGCCACCCGGCCAAGAUUGCCAUCCACUACUUCAAGGGCUGGUUCCUCAUAGACAUGGUGGCCGCCAUCCCAUUUGACCUGCUCAUCUUUGGCUCAGGAUCCGAUGAGACCACCACUCUGAUUGGUCUACUAAAGACGGCCCGUCUCCUACGGCUGGUACGAGUCGCCCGUAAGCUGGACCGGUAUUCUGAGUACGGUGCUGCCGUCCUCAUGCUGCUCAUGUGCAUCUUUGCCCUUAUCGCCCAUUGGUUGGCCUGCAUCUGGUAUGCCAUUGGAAACGUGGAGAAGCCUUACUUGGAGCAUAAGAUUGGCUGGCUGGACAAUCUGGGGGUGUCAAUAGGAAAAAAAUACAACUACAGUGAUCCCAGCUCGGGUCCCUCCAUCAAAGAUAAGUACGUCACUGCCCUCUACUUCACCUUCAGCAGUCUAACCAGUGUGGGCUUUGGGAACGUCUCCCCCAACACCAACUCUGAGAAGAUCUUUUCCAUCUGUGUCAUGCUCAUUGGAUCUCUUAUGUACGCCAGCAUCUUUGGGAACGUGUCCGCCAUCAUCCAGAGGUUGUAUUCAGGUACAGCCAGGUAUCACCUGCAGAUGCUACGGGUCAAAGAAUUCAUCCGCUUCCACCAGAUCCCAAACCCACUGAGGCAAAGGCUGGAAGAGUACUUUCAACACGCCUGGACGUACACUAAUGGCAUCGAUAUGAAUAUGGUCCUGAAGGGUUUCCCAGAGUGCCUGCAGGCGGAUAUCUGCCUCCACCUCAACCAGAACCUCCUGGAGGGCUGUAAGGUGUUUCACGGAGCCACCAAGGGCUGCCUUCGGGCCCUGGCCAUGAGGUUCAAAACUACCCAUGCUCCCCCUGGAGACACCCUAGUCCACUCUGGAGAUGUGCUGACUGCGCUAUACUUUGUCUCCCGCGGCUCCAUCGAAAUCCUCAAAGAUGACGUCGUAGUGGCCAUCCUUGGUAAGAACGACAUUUUUGGCGAGAUGAUCCACCUGUACCGCAAGCCGGGGAAAUCAUGUGCAGACGUACGGGCGCUGAGCUACUGUGACCUCCACACCAUUCAGAGGGAGGAGAUUGUGGAGGUGCUUGACAUGUAUCCAGAGUUCGCCGACCACUUCCUUAAAAACCUGGAGCUGACCUUUGACCUCCGAGACGAAAAGAUGACAUGCGCACAAGCAACUGACUCGGAUGACAUUGAGUGUCGGAGACGAGUGUCCUACAAAAGGAAAACCUCCACAGGCUCCCGCAACAAGGAACCUGCGGCCACCUACUGUGACACAAAGCAAGGGAGGCACCUCUGCGCCUCCUCGGCCGCUGAGGAGAGGAGAGAGUCCGCUGACGAGGGAGAGGACGAGGAGGAGGAAGGCAGGGAGGAGGAAGAGGAGCAGAGGCCCUUGUGUUCUGGUGUGCUGGGCUACCCGGUGGUUAGGGAUCACACCGUGGGACUCGGGCUGAGCAGCGCUACCGACGCACAGGCUGCCGGAGACAACACGCAGAGUCAGACAUAUAAAGAGCUCCAAACAGAUGAGUGGGUGCGUCAUCGUCCUGACGAGGUUGUGAAGGAGUCAGCCCAGUGUCGAGAGACGCUAGUUGGGGAGGACGACAGCGACACAGACCUCACCUACGGAGAGGUGGAGCAACGGCUGGAUCUGCUGCAGCAGCACCUCAACAGACUGGAGUCCCAGAUGACUUCAGACAUUCAGGCCAUCCUGCAGCUCCUCCAGAGGCAAACCACGUCCGGCCCCCCCGCCUACAGCACUGUCACCUCCAGCCCAGAGUACCAGAGGCCAGCCAUCAGGGUGCAGCCGGUGUCAGAGCUCUGCCUCGCUCCGGCUCCGCCUCGGCCACAGAGCCCCGGCCCAGAGAAGGCCCUGAACAAAUCCAAAGAAACCUCCACGGUCCUCCUCCACACAAAGACUCUUCCACAUGGGAACUUUGCUGGACUGCUUGAGAGCGACACAGACCCCGUGCAGAGACACACACAAAACGGCGUGGACUCUGUAGAGCAACACCACCACCAACAGCCACUGAAGUUCCCAUCAGGCCGACAGGCCUCUCUACCCGAUGUCCCGAGCAGCUCAGGAAUGUUGGGACUCCACAGGCCAGUUUCUGACCCGGGGCUUCCAGGACAGUAGGCCUCCCCGAGCCCUUCGACGUCGACCGAAGGUCUUCUUUCAUGCUUGACUCAGGGUCUAAGAAAGAGACUGUAUAUGCAAAGGAAAACAAACUGUAGACUUUCUUCCAUCCCUUUUUGGAAAAUCUCCCAGCCCCCCCCCCCUUCCAACUCUCUGAUUUAAAUGUAUAAAGUCCAUUUAUACAGAGGUAUUUAUACACUAUAUUACUAACAUAUGUAAAGUCAUCAUCUACUGUGUACAUACUUUAAAUAGGACACUGCCAGCAACAUGAGGCACCUAAUGUGCGUUUUCUGAAAGAGAUAUGCAUGUUUUUGUUUCUCAUGGUUUCUUUUCUUCUGUCGCAUGUUACUCUCACACACUGCAACAUGCCAGGCAAUCAGGUGUGAUCCUGGCGUGCUUACAGACGACUGUAGCUAUCAAGUCUCAUUUUCUAUGACUCUUCCCUCUUCACAGGGACAAAGCUACUUGAAACUCUUUCUGAGGCAUUUCUAUACUCCACAGCUUUGAAGUUCAUCUUCUAUCAGACGCUCCAAACAAUCAACGCAGUCACAAACUAUCUAAACUAUCUGUAUAUUUAGCGUGCCUACUGUAAACAGCGUUGCCACAGCAGAGGAAAAUCACGUCUUUCUCAGCUCCAAAAUACAGAACACAGCGUAGUGUUAAUGUGUGUAGAGGCUGCGUGGACAUCCAAUAGCACAACCAGACUUUUGUCAGUCUUUGAAAGCAAUAAUGAUGCAGUACUGGACACUAACAGAAUCUUGGUAUAUUUCUAGUGUCUAAUACGCUCUGGAGAUAAUUGUAUACUACCUAAACAAAGAAAAAAGCAUCUUUUAACAGCAUUUAUGUUAUUGAUUUGGUAUGCGAGUGUAACAACUCAACCUUCACACACGAGAUGUUUGAGUGGCAUGUUCAGACAACAAAAAGAAUGCUUUAAGUUGAAAAAUCAGAAUUAGCAUAUAACCACCUGUAUCUUAUUAAUAUUGCGCAAGGUUGGUUGUGGGGUAUUUGCAGUCAAAACUUGAAAGGGACAUCUACAGUUUGUCCAGUCAGUUUGGGGAUUUUAAUUAUUUCACAACUGUUCUUCUGUGAAAGAAUGAUGUAUGAAUGGAAAUGUAUUCCUUUGUCUGCGACUCCUACAGUAAAUCAUGGCAGACAUGUUUUUUGGCGACUGUUGGGCAUCUUACCAUCCGAACCGCUUAUCUUCCAGCAGAAGGUGACCGUUUCCUCCCAGACUACUGUUCCCAGUAAAUCCUAAUUGUACAGUAGUUGUUUGCACUGGUUAUGCUGGGACUUGAGUUUGCUAUAGCUUUCUAUGCCACCAAUAUUUCUAACAUACAGUACUGUAAGUAGUUGCAUGUAUAUUAGCAGAUUUUCAGAGGACCCACAAAAGACCAUUCAUUUUGCCUGCUAUGAUUGGUCCGUCCAGGUUCUGGAUGGCUGGAAAUCUGUUUUAAUGGGAGGGGGACAAACGUCUCUCCCAGAGCAAAUGAAACAUGAGCUAGCAGAUUUCUCUGGUUUUCUCUAUCAUUCCAUCAUAGAAAAAGAACAGCUGAAGACAUAAAAUCCCCAAACUGCCUUGACAUAAUGUCCCUUACAAUUGUAUGUUAAGUUUUGGCUAGUUGACAGGAAGCAACAUCCUGAAUUUUCCAUACAGCCGACGCAAUCCCACACGAUAGUUUUUGGUUGCAUGCUUAGGGUCUUCCAUUGUCGUCUUAAAAAGUACAAUUUUCGUAAAUAAAAAAACACCACUAGGAAAGCAUCAUCAGAAAAACAAUGUUUUUUUCAUGUUUUGGGCUGAGGACACAGCUCAGCCUUCAAUAGCCUUAGCUUUAUAAGCCUGCUCUAGCCUUUACAAAUGACGUCAGUCCAAUGCAACAACAACCUGCUCCUCCACCGUCAGAUGUAAAUGUACUGAAACAAUUUAGGGUGAACUGCAUGACAUUUAUUUAUUUAGUUUCCUAACUACACAAGUUUCAACACCCACUCAUGUAUUGCAUGGAGACCGCACUUGACUAAAUUAUAAAAGGUCUCAAUGAACUGUGUGUGACAUAUAUUGACUUGUAAGGUACAGCACAUCAUCCAGAGAGAUUUAAAAAUAAUGGUUAGCCCUAUUUUUCUAAAACAAAGUUUCAUUUGCCAUUAUUUUUUUAUGUACCCUUGAUGUUUGUUAGAAUGCUGUGGACUGCUGGUGGGUGAUGGGAAGGUGAUGAAUGCAAUGCACAGCCGCUCAGUGUAGCAAGCAAGACUUCAGUGACAGGCGUUUUAGCUGGGUGCUGCAUGUGCCAUUGAAAUAGUUUGUCUUGAUUUUAAUAUUGCACAUUGAUUCUCACAUCAUUUCUCCAGAGUUCCUACAUCAACUUCAACCUUAUUGAACGUAAAUCAGCGUGUUAAAACCCAACAUUUCACUCUCAUCUAAAGCCUUCAGUGGGAACCAGAGAAGUCAGAAAUGAUAAAUGGAUGAGGUAAAAGAAAAACCUUUUACAGGACAAUCCAAGUGUUUCCAGCAGAGUGCAGGGUGUGUUUGUUUGAUAAGAUUUCUUUCUUGAGCACAGAUGUAGAACAAAAGUUGCUAAAGCCUAACUUGACACGUCCGACACCUAAAGAGUCUACUGAACUUUCAUGGGAUUUGCAAACUUUUGCACAGAUUAGAAAAAGUUGCUGUACUGAAUAUAAAUGUCACUUUUUAAAUCUAGUGCUGUUCAGUUGUUUUUAUGCAUUUUUUUAAAUGUUUGCCACUGUAUUUUAUACAAUGCAACCCUUAACAGCUAAUUUGAAUGUUUUUGUUCUUAACUAUAUUUGAAGAAAUGAAAUAUCUGGUAAAUAGAAUGGGGGG